AUGACUCCUAGUAAGGAUUGGAUGGCGAUCGAAGAUUACGUUAAUGACCCAUCAUUUGAAGUGGGAGUUAAUAGUUUUUUAGACUAUGCAUUUCAAAAGUUGGGAACCGAUAAUAUUCGUUGUCCUUGUUGCGUAUGUGUGAAUGGUGAGUUUGGGGACCGAGAAAAAGUGAGACAACAUCUUCUAGUUUAUGGAGUAGUCAAAAGGUACACCUUUUGGUUUCAUCACGGGGAAAGGUUGGAGCAAGAGCCUCAACUUGUGUGUGAUGGGGAUAAUGAUGGGGAUGAUGAUGGGGAUGAUAAUAUCGUGGAAGAAAAUGGAAACGAGUUAGAUGAAAUGCUUGGUAUUAUUCGGGAUUUAUAUCCCGAGUGCAAUAAUGUUGGUUCUUCCUUGAAUGAUAGUAAUCUUGAGGAACCAAAUGCAGAUGCCAAAAGGUUUUAUAACUUGUUGAAGGAUUCUCAAGAUCCGGUUUAUGAAGGUUGCAAGAGUUCUAGAAUGUCUGCCCUCUUAAAACUUCUUCAUAUUAAGACUUUGGGUCGUUGGACCAACGAAUCAUUUAACAUGCUCUUAGAUUUCUUAAAGGAGGAUCUUCUUCCCAAGGGAUCAAAUUUGCCAAAGUCUUAUAAUAAGUCUAAGAAGGUAAUGAAAGACCUUGGUUUGUCAUAUCAAAAAAUUGAUGCAUGUGUCAAUGAUUGCAUGCUUUAUUGGAAGGAGAAUGAGAAGUUGAAUGCCUGUGACAUAUGUGGUGCAUCAAGAUGGAAGAGUAACAAACACAAUGGGGAAGAGAAGUGUAAAUCGAAUGGUAAGAGAAUACCUCAUAAGACACUACGAUACUUUCCAUUAAAACCGAGGUUGCAAAGACUAUUUAUGUGCUCCAAGACUGCUUCUUUGAUGACAUGGCAUCAUGGGAAAAAGAAGAAAGAUGGUACAAUGAGACAUCCAGUUGACGGAACGGCUUGGGAGUCAUUUGACACAGAGCAUCCUAAUUUUGCAUCAGACCCUCGAAAUGUCAGGCUCGGGCUUGCUAGUGAUGGUUUUCAACCCUUUGCAAAUUCAAACACAUCAUAUAGUAUAUGGCCUGUUAUCCUUAUUCCGUAUAAUGUGCCUCCUGAACUUUGUAUGAAGCAGUCUAAUAUGAUUUUGUCAAUGCUUAUUUCGGGUCCUAAAGGUCCUGGUGAUGCAAUUGACGUAUAUUUGCAGCCUCUAAUUGAGGAAUUGAAAGAUCUGUGGGAAGUUGGUGUGCAGACCUUUGAUGCAGCAACGCAACGUCAUUUUCAGCUACGUGCAGCUUUAAUGUGGACCAUUAAUGAUUUUCCAGCCUAUGCGAUGUUAUCUGGUUGGAGCACUAAGGGGUAUCUAGCAUGCCCUUGUUGUCUUAGGGAUACUCGGUCAAUGAGGCUACCUCACGGAGGUAAGGAAUGCUAUGUGCGUCAUCGCUGCUAUUUGCCAAUGAAUCAUAGAUGGAGAAAGGAUAAGAAAUCAUUUGAUGGAACAGUCGAGCGUGAAGGACCUCCACAACCUUCUUCAAUAGAUGAUAUUCUUAAUGAACUUAAGGAUCUCGAGAACAUUAUAUUGUCUAAGGAUCCAAGUGUGAAGAAAAAAAUAUCUCAUGAAGUUAGGGGGGACAAUUGGAAUAAGAAAAGUAUUUUCUUUGAACUUCCAUACUGGAAGACUAAUCUCUUACGACACAAUUUAGACGUGAUGCACAUUGAGAAGAAAAUAUGUGAUAGUGUUCUUGGGACAAUAAUGAAUAUUCAAGGGAAGACAAAAGACACAUUAAAAUCACGUCAUGACUUGAAAGAUUUGGGGGUGCGGCCUACAUUGCACCCUAUCAAAGUAGGGGACAAAUGGAAUAUGCCUCCGGCUCCAUAUACUUUUUCCUCCUCCGAAAAACAAACAUUCUGUAACUUUUUGAAAGAGCUAAAAGUCCCUGAUGGUUUUUCAUCAAAUAUAUCUUAUUGUGUAAACUCGAAGGAAGCUAAGAUUUCGGGUUUGAAGAGCCACGAUUGUCAUGUAAUACUUGAGCAUCUUCUUCCUUUAGCAAUACAUGGUCUUCUCACUCUACUUGUACGUGAAGCAUUAAUUGAGUUGUCAUUGUUCUUUACUUUAUUAUGUGCGAAAGUACUUAAUGUGGAUGAUUUGAAGUAA